AUGGAAGAGUUAAUAAACAAGAAUAACCAAUUGUUUAAAGAAGUAGUUGAAACACUUCCAAAUAUUCAACAAUCAAUUGAUGAUACUACUAAGAAUUAUCAAUAUUAUUUAGGAAGUAUUAAAAAUGAAGUAUUUGAACUAGAAGAUAAUGAAACAUACUCAGAAGCAAUUAAAAGAGGAGAAGGAAUAUUUGAUAGGAUUGAUGAAACAGAAAGAAGAAGAAAAUUAGUGAUAGAAAAAAGUCAAGAAACAAUCAACCAAAUAGAAAUACUGAAGAAUAAAAUGUCAAGAAUCAUAGAAGAAUGUAAUAAUGAUGAAGAAACACUAAGUAAAACACGUAAUGAACUAAUUGAUAAAAUCAUUUCAAUUGAAGAAAUGGUAAUGAAAAACAAAUUAUUCAGAAAACCAAAAGAAACAGAUACAAUCACAGCAGAAUUUAAUAAGAAGAAAGAAGAAUGGCAAACAUAUUACAGUGAUUAUUUAGAAAGGAAGAGGAGACAAGAAGAAGAAAGAAGAAAAGAAGAAGAAGAGAGAAGACAACAGCAAGAAGAAGAAGAGAGAAGACAACAAGAGGAAGAAGAAGAGAGAAGAAGACAAGAAGAAGAAGAAGAGAGAAGACAAGAAGAGGAAGAAGAGGAAAGAAAAAGACAAGAGGAAGAAGAGGAAAGAAAGAAACAAGAGCAAGAGAGAAAGAUACAAGAACACGAGAGGAAGAUACAAGAAUACGAGAGGAAGAUAAAAGAGCAAGAAGAAGAAAGAAAGAAACAAAAAGAAGAACAAGAGAGAAAGACACAAGAGCAAGAGAGAAAGAUACAACAACUAGAGAAUAAGACACAAGAGCAAGAGAAGAAGAUACAAGAGCAAGAAAGGAAGAUAAAAGAACAAGAAGAAGAAAGAAAUAAACAAAAAGAAGAACAAGACAGAAAGAUACAAGAGCAAAAAGAAGAGCAAGACAAAAAGAUACAAGAACACGAGAGGAAGAUUCAAGAGCAGGAGAGAAAGACAACUGAGCAGGAGAAGAAGAUACAACAACUAGAGAAAUUAAGAAUAAUAAAAGAAGAGAGAAAAGAAGAAGAGAGAUUGCAAAUAAUGAAAGGAAUGAACACAAUUGAAGAAAUGUUACAACUCGAAGAAUGGACAAAUAGAAAAGUAGAAGAUAUACUGU